AUGUACAAAUACAUUUUGUACAAAUUUUCUGAUGAUAAAAAAAAUUUUGUAAUUGAUAAGGCAGUGGAAACAACAACGUUAGAUGAAGAUGAUGGAACUAGUCAUAAAGAAUCUUAUGAGAAAUUUUAUACAGAAAUUACUAGAAAAAAUGUUCCAUAUUUCGCUGUUUACGAUUUUGAUUAUGAAAAACUUGGCGAAGUCCUCGCUGCUGCAAGUAAACAAGUAUUGGGAACAAAACUUGGAAUCACAUUUCAAAUUGAGGGCACCGAAAUUAAUGAUAUUGAGUUUGAAACAGUCCUUGAUAAAGUUCGUAGACUUAAGUGA